ACAGGCAUCCGGAGAAACAUGGAGGACACCGCUGACAGUAAUCCCCAAUCUCUCGGAUUUACAGAGAAAUUAAAGUCUUGGCUUUCUUGGUCAUGGACUUACGUAUGCUUCAUUUGGUUCGGCAUGGUGCUGAUCAUGAUAUACGUCUUGUGGAGCCCGCUGAAACUGCAGGAAACUCUUUCCUCAGCCUCAGUGUUUUUGAACACGCUGACACCCAAGUUCUAUGUGGCUCUCACUGGAACCUCCUCUCUCAUCUCUGGACUCAUCCUUAUAUUUGAGUGGUGGUAUUUUCGUAAAUAUGGGACCUCGUUCAUUGAACAAGUGUCAGUGAGCCACCUGCGUCCUCUUCUGGGUGGAGUGGAGAGCAGCUCCACGACUGGUCUAUUCGCAUCAGUUAAUGGAGAGGCAGAGCCUAGGCCCAGCGUUUCAGAGUGUAAGGUCUGGAGGAAUCCUUUAAAUCUGUUCAGAGGAGCAGAAUACAACAGGUACACGUGGGUAACGGGAAAGGAACCCUUAACAUACUAUGAUAUGAACCUGUCUGCUCAAGACCACCAGACCUUUUUCACAGGAGACACUCCUCAGUUAAGGCCAGAGGAUGCUGUGAUGCAGAAAGCCUGGAGAGAGAGAAAUCCUCAAGCCAGGAUCAGAGCAGCUUACCAGGCCAUAGAAAUGAACCAUGAAUGUGCUGCAGCCUACGUGCUUCUGGCAGAGGAAGAAGCCACAACUAUCACAGAAGCAGAACGCCUCUUCAAAAAAGCAUUGAGUAUCGCUGGAAAAGAUAUCAACUUACUGGUGUACAUUAAACGCAGAUUGGCAAUGUGUGCACGUAAACUGGGACGGAUAAAAGAAGCAGUAAAAAUGAUGAGAGAUUUAAUGAAGGAGUUUCCACUACUGGGAAUGUUAAAUAUACACGAAAACCUAUUGGAGGCACUUCUAGAGCUUCAGGCAUAUGCAGAUGUCCAAGCAGUCCUUGCCAAAUAUGAUGACAUCAGCUUGCCAAAAUCAGCCACUAUAUGCUACACGUCUGCACUCUUGAAAGCACGGGCUGUAUCAGAUAAGUUCUCUCCAGAGGCCGCGUCAAGGCGAGGGCUAAGCACAGCAGAGAUGAAUGCUGUGGAGGCCAUACACAGAGCUGUUGAGUUCAAUCCACACGUGCCAAAGUACUUAUUGGAGAUGAAGAGCCUGAUCCUGCCUCCAGAGCACAUCUUGAAGAGGGGUGACAGCGAGGCAGUGGCAUAUGCUUUCUUCCACCUGCAGCACUGGAAGAGGGCAGAGGGAGCCUUAAACCUACUACACUGUACCUGGGAGGGCACCUUCCGGAUAAUUCCCUACCCACUGGAAAAGGGUCACCUGUUUUACCCUUACCCAGGAUGCACAGAAACAGCAGAUAGGGAACUACUUCCCUCAUUCCACGAGGUGUCUGUGUACCCAAAGAAAGAGCUUCCCUUCUUCAUCCUCUUCACAGCAGGCCUUUGCUCCUUCACUGCCAUGCUGGCCAUGCUCACACAUCAGUUCCCUGAGCUCAUGGGUGUCUUUGCCAAAGCAUUCUUCAGCACACUCUUUGCACCCCUGGGUUUCUUCGCAGACAAGAUGGAAAACUUCAUGCCGUCCAGUUUUUGGCACCAGCUGACUCGAAUCUGACCCCAUCCCACACAAGACGCACGCACAUACACACACACACUGAUUCCACUCCAAACCCUCAGACAAAAAGUGUUUGCUCUCCUGUCUUCAGCAUUACUGUCCACUUGCUGCAUUGUUACUGAUUAUGUUGGCUGAGGUUGUAUCAACACGGCAAUACCACUCUGAAGAUGCUCUCCCACACUGUUCCAGCGGCCGAAGUUUUUCCAAGACCACAUUUGCAACAAUUUCACAGGGUCAUUCAUUAGUCAUUAUGUAAGCACUGGGCAAUUUGAAGUAUCCCACAAUGCCUGGCUGGGAUUAUUAUUAUUAUUUUUUGUAUAAAAAUAAAAAUGAGAAGCACUCCUCUGUUCUAUCACAGUAAUAAAUUAAAUCAUGAAAAAAGCUAAACGUUUUUGAUGCUCCUGUGACUACUGUCUAUUCAGACAAGUUUGUUUUAACUUGGACAUGAAAUAUGUCUUUGGUAGAAUAUAUUUACCAAUAUGAUCAUAUCCCUCUCUUUUCCCUGCUCAGUUAUUUAUGUGUAUCAAAAAGAUCCCAUAUUUGGGAUGGGAACCUACAUGUCCUAUAUCAAUCCUCAGUGCCCCGCAGACAUCCAGUGGGGCAGAUUUAAAAGUCUGUAAGGCCUCCUAAAAAACAGAGCUGUGAUUUACAGCCUCGAAGUGCCUGCAGUGUAUACAACGCCUAUGCAGUUCAACAGUUGUUACCAUGGCACGACAGCUCAGCACUAAAUCACUGGGGAAACCGCGCCCCCCCCCCCCCCCCCCCCCCCCCCCCCCGCAACAUCGAAAUGUUAAUGGGAUCAUCACUGGUCACAGUUGGCAUAAGUCAUUUCUGCUGAUUGCAGUACAGAAUGUUAUAAGUCACUGUGUCAACUUCUCAUGUCACCAAAACAAAAAAGAGGCACCCAUUGCUGGAGUCAUACUGAGAAUCAACACAGGCACAGGCAAUGUAACUGUAACUGUAAUAGACUGUAUUAGAGUACUUGGAUGAGCGACGUCAAUCUUGAUGAGCACUCAGAGAAGCAUUUGGAGAUAUUGGGGAAAAAUUGCUUCUUACUUUGACUGCACAGGCAAAGUAAGAAUCAUUUUACUUUGUAUAUGCAAAGUCUUUUGCUCUGCCUUUGACUGUCAUUUGGCCAGAAAUGUGUUGAUUCUAUUGUAACUGGACUUUUUUUUCCCUUUGUGAAAGAUUUACUCAUCUUUGUUUUAUCAAACUAAAUAGGCUGCCGGUAUCACAUUGUCUUGAAGUAUAAUGUGGCUGAUAAUGUAAUAACCUGUCGGAAAACAAAUGUGCUCUGGUUCAAAAUUGUAAUGAAGCCUGUAGACAUAAUAUAUUCCUAAUAUCUGUGGAAAAUAUAACAAUUGAAGUUUAUUAAGACAUCAUGUAGUUGUGGAUGAUGAUAAUAUCAUCCCAACUUUUUAUUAAAGUAACAGGUUUAUUACAUUUUAAACCACUCAAGGUGUUAACUAUAAUUUGUCAAGUUAUGUUAUGUGAUAGUUACUGCAUUAUUGGCGCACAACAAUGUAGGUUUCAUGCUCAGGAUUUUAAGUGACAUUAUACAACAACAACAACAAAAGAAAUGUGAUAACAAAGUGCCUUUUAGUACAUCACAAUAGUUAAACACCAAUUUGGCAUUUACUGCUUCUACAAUAUUGAUAUCAAGUAGUUUAUUAGUAACUGUUCCAUUUUUAUGGAUUCAAUUUGAUUAAUUGAUGUCUUAAAAAAUAUAAUAAUUGAAACAUAAUUGUUGAUUGUCCAACAUUAGCUUUACUCCAUAUAGCACCCACCAACAAACACACAUACUUGUGAAAAAGUAGAAGAGCAAGCUGGUUAUGAUGUAAUGUGUUUUAUUACAGUAUGUUGCAGAUUUUUGAUUACAUUUUAAAUAGCCCUGAUCUACUCUAAACUACAAAGAUACUGUUUCACAUUUCACUAUGGACUGUAAUAUUUGUGUGUUUAAAUCUGUGACACUUGAAAUGUCUAAUUUUAUAGUGUGCAGCCGAGAAGAGUACAUGCUGAAGACAGGAGAAUAUUUGUAACUACCCUUGGAUGAGUAUGAAAGCAAAACUCAGAAUAAAUUACUCUUUAUGUGCAA